CCUAUAAACUUCCCUGUUCAAAUAACUAUUUAACCGAAAUUAUUUGUCAUUUAAACUACAAACAACAAAAGAUAGUUACAUAUUCGUAUUGAAUUUUUAAAUGAAUUUUAUGUGACUAUUAUUUAUAAAAAUGGAAGGUUCUAGUGAAAAAUUAGUUGUUUACAAACAGGAGAAUCGGUAUGCGAGUAAUAGAAGUGCCUAUAAAGUGGAUUUGUGGUGUGAAUUCCAAAAAAGAUGGAUGGUUCUUGGUGUUUUGAUUGCAGUCGCGCUGGCGGUUUUGGCGCCAAAAUACGGGGCUAUUGGAGGGCCGCUCCAACAUCUCUCCCCCCUACCGCUAAGUUUCGUAUACUUCACGGCUGGCCGGGGUAAAUCACACCCGGCUCGACCUCGCUUGUACCUGCUCACAGCGUUCCACGCGAACAUAGCGGCGGUGGUGCUGUGCGCAAUGACCGUCAAUGCUAUGUCACUGGCCGUGGAUAGGCGGGUUAUGGAGGGAGCAAUAUUAGCAAGCGCAAGUGGACCAUGUUCCUGGCUGUCACUGGCUUUAUAUUCUAAAGUGACGCCAUAUUUGGCAAUUUGCAAUUAUAUCGUAUCGCUGCUGACGGUACCGCUGUUCCAUUUAUUGUUGUGCGGUAAACCACCCCUGCCAUCAUUGGAGGAAUUAAAAUGGGUGGUGAUGACGUCAUUGCUACCAUUUUUAAUUGGUACAUGCGCUACUAAAGAGGAGACAGUAUCCGUCUGGAGCAAGUUCUCAGCCCUAAUGCUGGUCUAUUUAGAAUGCUGUUGUCUUCUAGUGGAAGCUGAGGGUGUUUUAUACGUGUCCGAUGUCGUCACGACACUUGUGCUGGUAAUAAGUUGGCUCAUAACAGUGGCUGCGUCUAGUUUUCUCUACUCAAAAUGCAGGAUCUUGGAUUCGGCUGAAGCUCAACUUUUGUUACUAGUUUCUGUGCCUAAAGCCACACAAAUAGAUUGGGUAACAUCAACAUGUCCAAAAUUGGGACUAUAUCGUCUUCCCGCGGUUUUCCUCGCGCCGACACAGGCUUUGCUGCUUUCAACUAUAUCUUAUGAAAGUAGCAUUACCAGAAGUCUACCCACUUAAAAAUAUAAAAUUUCAACUUCUACCGUCCUUUUGAAACCCCAUCGAAAUCGG